AUGGCCUGUGAUCCAUCAUCUCCGGUUGGAUCAGGUGGCUUGUUCGGAGGCAUUGGUGGUAGUGGUUCACGUGCUGAUGAAUCUGAGUCUCCCAUUUCUGUUCCACAGCCAUCACAUGGGGUUCCUGUUAUCAAUGAAGAGCAAAGUGAGAGCAGUCUAGAGGAAGAAAAUAAAAAAUCUGGGCGCAGAUUGUGGAGUAAGCCUAUGAACCUAAGGCUAGUACGUGCAUGUCUCAACAACUCCAAUGAUCCAAUACAAGGCGUUGACAAGAAAUAUGAUCACUAUUGGAAAGAUGUCGCCAAAGAAUACAACAAGCAUGCACCUAAAGAAGAGCGAAGAAUGAAAAAUGCAUAUGCUAGUGGUGAAUCAGAUGAUCAAAUAAUGGUGAGAGCUCAUGCAGUUUUCAGCAAAGAAAAUUCAGACAAGCCAUUCCUAUUGGAAUAUUGGUGGAGAGAAGUGAAGGGGCAGCCUAAAUGGGAGAGAGUGUACCCAUCAAUAGAGAAUAAAAGGACAAAGUUAAAUGCAUCUGGAGUUUACACCUCUUCUUCAAAUCAAGAUACAGACGAAGUUAGUGCUGAAGUACAUCGUCGCCCUAUUGGCCAGAAGCCCAUUAACGAGUUUGCUACGAUGCUCGAGAUAAACACAGCUAUUCAUGACAGGUCUAUGCAUCGUCGCCUGAAGGCUGACUUGACAGAGCAUAUAUGGCAAAGAUUUGGAAGUACACAAGAUCAGGAUACAGACUAG